ACAGGAUGGGUCGAUCUCCUGUUUUGAUCGCACCUAUAAAUCCAGAGGACAUGCAUUAUGCCAAAGAUGCAAUUAAUCCAGCGCCAGCGCUUGAUAACAGGAUGGGUCGAUCUCCUAAUCUGAUCGCACCUAUAAAUUCAGAGGACAUGCAUUAUGCCAAAGAUGCAAUUAAUCCAGCGCCAACGCAUGGUAACAGGAUGGGUCGAUCUCCUUUUCUGAUCGCACCUAUAAAUUCAGAGGACAUGCAUUAUACCAAAGAUGAAAUUAAUCCAGCGGCAGCACAUGGUAACAGGAUGGGUCGAUCACCUAGGCUGAUCGCACCUAUAAAUCCAGAGGACAUGCAUUAUGCCAAAGAUGCAAUUAAUCCAGCGCCAGCGCAUGGUAACAGGAUGGGUCGAUCUCCUUGGCUAAUCGCACCUAUAAAUCCAAAGGACAUGCAUUAUGCCAAAGAUGCAAUUAAUCCAGCGGCAGCACAUGGUACGCUUUUUUGA